GUGCUUGACUGCGACCAUUCAAGUGUCUUAUGCGAAGACACUUUGGAGCAGAAGAUGUUCAUUCCUCACUCCUUUUUCCAUUCUGUUGCACACUUUUUCCCUUCUCUUGCAUCUCGCGGACAAAAGAUUAAAAAGAUUUUUAAAACAACGAGUUCAAUUCACCAAACACCUAGUCUCUUUAUUUUAAUCUACUAAUGGUGAUCAUUAAAAUGGGGCACGUCGACAAAAAUAAGCAUUUUGGACACCUUCUUCUUUUGGCGUUUAAUCGAGGCUCCAAUGCUGCAGAAGCUGCCCGAGAGAUUUGUGAAGUGUGCGGAGAAGGUGCAACACCUGAACGAACUGCAAGAAAUUAUUUUGCCAAAUUCAAAAAUGGAAAUUUUUACCUUGAAGACGCUGCUUGUUCCGGACGACCAAAUGAGUUUGAUGAAGAACGUUUGAAUCAACGUCUGCAUGUAGACGCGUCUCAAACCACUCGAGAAUUAGCCGAUCGAAUGGUUUGUAGCCGAACGACUAUAGUUCGACAUCUUGGGUCUAUAUGGAAAAAGUCCAAAAACUCGGAUAUUAUUGACUAA